AUGGAUUAUCUGAUUUGGAUCAAAGAAUAGCUCUGUUUCGGGCUAUUUACUGUUACAAGCAGGUAGUGAUUUAAAUAAAUUAAUAGAUAUCCAAAUUAAAUAUAUAUCUACAUUAUAAUCUAUUGUAAAUAAAUGAAAGAAGUUUGCAGCUUAGUCUCAACAUUUUAGUUUCACUUUUUAACUUCAACAAAAAAUGGAGGAACCUUCGCGGCCUAAAAAGAAACUGAAAACUUGCGCGCAAGUAGCUACAAAUGUGGUGGAACAAAAGCACCAGGUAUCCAGAGCUACAAGGAGCCGAGCUUUUGGUAGUCGGGCGUUCAGGGGAAGCACCGUGUGGUUCACGGGGCUGAGUGGUGCUGGAAAAACAAGCGUCGCUUUUGCGCUGGAAGCCUACUUGGUUUCGAAAGGUAUUCCCGCCUACGGACUGGACGGCGACAACAUCCGUACGGGACUGAACAAAAACCUGGGCUUCUCAAAAGAAGACAGAGAAGAGAACAUAAGAAGAGUGGCAGAAGUGGCCAAGCUGUUUGCUGAUAGCGGUGUCGUCUGCCUUUGCAGUUUCGUGUCGCCGUUUGCUGAGGAUCGCGAGGUCGCCCGCCGUAUCCACACUGACUCUGACCUGCCAUUCUUUGAGGUGUUCAUCGACACGCCUUUAGAAGUCUGUGAACAAAGAGACACAAAAGGGCUUUAUAAGAAAGCCAGGGAGGGACAGAUUAAGGGUUUCACAGGAAUAACCCAGCCUUAUGAGCGUCCAGAGAACCCAGAGCUGGUGCUGCAGACGGUGGGGCAGACCAUCGAGGAGACCACAAUGGAAGUUAUCAAGCUCCUGGAAUCACAGGACAUAAUCCCGCGUUUCGACAACAGAACGAUAGAAGUGGAAGAGCUGUUCAUAUAUGGAAAUAGACUGUCGAGCGCCCAAGAAGAAGCGAAGAGGUUACCUCAAGUACAGUUGACGACGUUGGACUUGCAGUGGGUUCAGGUGCUGUCUGAAGGAUGGGCUUAUCCGCUAAAAGGAUUUAUGAGGGAACAGGAGUACCUGCAAGCACUCCAUUUUAACUGCUUUACCCUCCCUGACGGUUCAAUAAUCAACCAGUCAGUACCAGUGGUGUUACCCGUCGAUACAGAACUAAAAGAGCAAGCGAGCGGCGCAAGCGCAUUGGCUUUGAUGUACAACGGACGCGCCGUGGCAGUUUUGAGAGCGCCUGAGUUUUACCCCCACAGGAAAGUGGAGAGGUGUUCAAGGCAGUUUGGCAUUUAUCAUACUGGACAUCCAUAUAUCAAGAUGAUAUCAGAAUCAGGCGAUUGGCUCGUAGGCGGUAAUCUAGAAGUGUUUGAGCGUAUCCGCUGGAAUGAUGGUUUGGAUUCGUACCGACUGACGCCCAACGAGCUUCGAGCAAGAUUCAACGAGCUACAGGCGGACGCUGUGUUCGCUUUCCAGCUCCGCAACCCCAUUCACAACGGCCACGCGCUGUUGAUGCAGGACACGCAUCGACAGCUGACAGCGAGGGGUUUCAAAAAACCAGUUCUGCUUUUACAUCCAUUGGGUGGCUGGACGAAGGAUGACGACGUGCCAUUAGAAGUGAGGAUAAACCAGCACAAAGCGGUGCUAAGCGAAGGAGUCCUGGAUCCUAACUCCACCAUACUGGCCAUAUUCCCGUCGCCCAUGAUGUAUGCUGGACCUACUGAGGUGCAAUGGCACGCCAAAUGCCGCAUGAACGCCGGCGCCAACCACUACAUCGUGGGGCGCGACCCGGCCGGCCUGCCGCACCCCGCGGCGCCCGGCGACCUGUACGACGCGCGGCACGGCGCGCUGCUGCUGCCGCGGGCGCCGGGGCUCGCCGGGCUGGAGAUUAUUCCGUUCCGUGUGGCGGCAUACGACACUUCCGUUGGCAAGAUGGCGUUCUUUGAUCCUACCCGCAAAGAGGACUUUGAUUUCAUUUCUGGAACUAGGAUGAGGGGUCUCGCCAAAGCGGGUAAGGAGCCACCGAAAGGAUUCAUGGCGCCAUCUGCCUGGAAAAUCCUCGCAGAUUACUACCAAUCUCUCAAAUCCAAGAUGGAUACCAACUAAGGCUUGAUUAUUAUAGAUACUUUCUGUCCACUUCUAAAUGGGAGCUUGCAAUCAUUUGUGAAUUUAAUCAAUGAAAUGGUAUUUAAAAUGUCAUAAUUUCAUCUAAAAUAUAGUGUAAUCUUAUGUAAAAAAAUAAUAAUUGAAUCAUUAUUGUUUAAAGUAUUUUUUUUUUAUAUUAUGUAUACAUUGUUAAAUAACGUCGUUUUGACAUUUAGUAGUUUGCGAAAUUUUGGUGUCUUUCAGGUGAUUGGCUGAAGUGUGCUUAAAAAUAUGCCUCUAACUAGGCUUUGAUAGAAAUAAUCAUGCAUCAAUAUUAAUAAAAUGUUGUCAUGAUCGACGAUAAAACAUUUGAUAGCCGACAUACUGAACAUUUCUGAUACGCUUUUUUUUUUCUUACUUUUUAUUGAACUUUAAUUGUUGUGAAUAUUUGGUUUGUGCAAUUGGGCGGUCUAAUAAAUAGUUCCAAAUUAUUUACAAAAAACUGUUUUUGAAGUUUAUGACGUACUUAAAGUUUAAGCUGUGUACUAGCAUAAUGACCUAGCGUAGCUAUAGUAAGGAAUAUUAUAUUUUUUUGCAAAGUUUAUAUUUUAGAAUUUACAUUCCGUUGUAAAUUUUGGUGACAUUUAUUUGUAAAUAAAUUACACAUUCCAUAGGUUUUGUGUAAACUGUAAAUAUUUUUUUUUGUUUUCAUGUCAAAUCUAUUUUUCAACAUGAAUUUCUUUUUAUUAUUGUUACUUUAAUAUAGUAUGGUACUUUAAUAUAUAACUGGUCACACUUUCUAAAAUUUACAUAUUUGUCAAUUGUGUAAUAGGGUACCGGACAGUAAUCGAAAAAAAAUCUAAGUUGUGUUUUAAAAUAAAGUUUGUUAUACAAGAACAUCACAUAAUAAAGAUUUUUAAGGAAUAACAAUGAUUAAUAAUUUUAAAUCAAUAAAUAAAGUUGCAUAAAUCCAAUAUUUAUUAUCUGUGCAGCGUAAGAACCCAAACACCAAUCACAGUGAGUGACGUCAUACGUAAUGAGUGAUAAGUAAACAACACUGCUUUGUAUGUUAUUUCGAGUUAUUCUACGAUUUAUUUGCAUUUUUCUAAAAAUAUUUAAUUGUAAUUAGUUACGAAUUGAAGGACUUUACUCAUAACAGAAGUUGUCGCAAGUGCUCAAGUGCCGCCUAUCAAGCUUUUAUCAUGGAACAAGGUUACAAACCGACAAUAGAAAUCUCCCAAAAGAUUGAUAUUUUCAUGGUCAGCAGUUCUUUUGCCACUAAUACCGACUUUUAUUUUGCUGAAUUUAGCAAUGUGAAAACAUUUGUGUAAGUAUUUCAACCUCUUUUUGUUUAUCUUAACAACAGAAAUGAUUGAAGAAAUUACAAACGAAAACAUAACCUAAAACUAGUUUCAUUGUUUACAAAGUUAUUUUCACGUAUGUUUUUUUUCUAUGAUUUUAAAGGUUAGAUAUUUAUGGGUUUUGCAUGUUUCUAGAUCUGCGAAAAAAUACUUAAAUUAUCCAAGCACUGAUCACUUGUAAUAUGGCUUGUAGUUUGUUUUCCAAACAUAUGACGUCACGCGAUCCGAAUUGACGUAAGUGCUGUUUUCGCGGCAAUUUUAAAUAAAUUACGUUUUUGACGUUUUUAAAUACUCCAAAAGAUUUAUUUAUUUAAAAUAAUAUUUUUUAUGGAUAUAUAAAUAAAUAAAGAUUAUUUUUAAACACAAUCUGAAAAGUUGUCCGGUACCCUAUUGUUCGUUUUGUGUAAAUUUUUCUAAAUAAUUAUGCUUUUCUAUACAUUUGUGUUGUAAUAUUGUAAGAUUAUUAAUAAUUAAAUUAUAAUGGGACGUAUUGUUAAUCAGUGAGAGGUUUAAUGUUACAAAUUGUUGUAAUUUUAGUGAUAAUGGUGCUUUAAUGCUAAUCAUUUUAUUAUUUAAAAUAAAAUAUUGCCCAUGGA